CAUAGCAACCGUGCGUAAACAGUGGAUCCGUUUCUGAAGGGGAGCCCGGCUCGCCUGCUCCCAGGCUCUUCGUGAAAAGAAAAAAAGAAAGUGAAGAUCAGGAAACUCUAAGACUACCACCGGGGUGGGAUAUCAAUAUUAUUACCGCAUGAAGAACUGAAGAGAGUAAAAAAGAGAGAGGGACAUUGUUCUAAUCAUGAGUGCUUCAGUUUGCCCUAAAGUCAGUGCUUCAGAGCUGUGUGCUGAUGGGGACAGUUUCCUUAAAAAUGGAAAGUUGGGGAAGGCCACCUCACUGUACAUGUCUGCCUUCAGGACUCAUGCAACCUCUGCUGUGUCCCACAUGAGAAAGCUGGAAAGAUCUAGUCUGGAAAAGGUCAUUUCUACUCUAGAAGGCUGGCUGGACAGUCCUGAGGGCAGCCAGUCUGCUGAGAGUUUUAAUAAAGGCCUUUUGGCUGUUUUUCUAUCCACACUGUGCCCUAACAAUUUGUCUGCCACAAUUUUUAAAAUGGAAUCACUUCUGCAGAGUGGCGGGUUUGGCUGUGAGGAGAUUUCUGCACGCUGCACAGCCCUACUUGAAGGCAAAUGUAAUCCUCAUCUAGAAGGUUCGACUCGUAUUUUGCUGGAGAUAACCCAAGCUCUGGCCUAUCUUUUUUCACAACCUCACAGUCUGAAGGGAGUGAGACUUUACCUAAAAGCUUAUCAUGGUAACAAAUUAGAAACUGUCUCACUAAUCCACACCAGACAAGCUGCGCACCUGCCCAAAAUAGUAAAAGCCUUUAAAGACCAAAUAAUACAAACAUGUCCCCAUAUUGCAUUAUAUAAUAAGAAAGCAGCGACCACAGAUGAGAAGGAAACAAUAGAUUUACAGGAUUUUUCUAUAGCUGUUGAGUUUUUAAUGACCCUCUCCCCUGAUGACAGAGAAGUACAGGAACUUCAAGCAGCAGAUUUCUUCUUGAUGGGUAGGUUUGCAGAGAGUGCAGAGGUGUACUCUUCACUUCUACAUCAGAAAUGGCCAGUAGAUUCUGAAGGCAAAUUACUCCAGGGUGAUCUUGAGAGGAAAGCUAGGCUUUUAACAUGCCGAGCAGCUGCUUGCCUCUCAGCAGGUGGAAAAGCUGCUGAGAACUGCACAGAUCUGGGAGAAGCAUUUGAGAUCCAUCCUGCCACCGCCAGAACUUACUUCAAAAAGCUCUUUGAUGAUUGUGGGACAGGGGUUGCAGCUCGCAGCCAUCUCCGUCAGCAGGCAGAGAGAGGUCUGUCUGUUUUCAGGGAGAGGGUCGCUGUCCGUGCAGACCUGAGGUCUACAGAGGGAGUUGAGCUCCUUGACCUGGUUAUCACUGCCUUACGUACUCUGUGCCAUUUAGAGCCUGAUGGAGGAGGCAGAGAGCUGCGGGUGAGACUGGCUGACUGUCUCCUACUCAGAGGGGAGCACAAAGAGGCUCUCUCCAUCUGUAGCCAACUAGCUGCUGCCCAAGGACAGCAAAGCUAUCACAACACUGUCAAAGUUCUUUGUGGAUAUGGCCGACUUCUUUCUGGUGAUCACAAGGAGGCAUUAAAAGACUUCCAAGCUGUGAUAGAACACAACACCCCUCACCCUGCCAGCUGUGUGCGGGCACUCUGUGGCAGGGGGCUGCUGCGCAUGAUGGCUGGGUCAAAUUACCUCACAGCUCUGGACUUUAUGACAGCCAGCAGGCUGGAUCCUCAGGAAACAGCUCUGACUGUUCGCUGCUUAGUACCGUGGAACUUCAGGGGGCUUCUGUUUACAGUUCUGCUAGAGCAGGGGCGAGUCAUGCUGGAAGGGUCGGCAGGGGACAGAUCCAAGUCCUGUUCAAGUGAGGAUCAACAGCGUGUCACACAACAGGAGCCGCUGCAGGCGCCUUCGAAGAGGGAGGACCACAGAUCAGGAACUCCUGCUGGUGUCCAUUCCCUGGCUGGGUUGCUCAUGGAUCUACAGCCCAAAGCUGAUGGGCCUCUCAUCCUCACAGCAGAUGCCUUGUACCAGCUUGGCCGGGUAGAGGAGGCCUAUAGGUUAUUACUGUCUGCAGGUUCCCCCAAUCCUCGGGCUCCUCUCCUGGCUCGCCUCGCACUCCUUCAGCUCCACAGAGGCUUUCUUUAUGACACCAAUCAGCUGCUGAAAAAGCUUAUCGCGUGCAGUGAUACAAGUUGCCUGCGCAGCCUGCUGGCUGUGGCACAACAGAAAGACCGAGCACUGCUGCAGGGACACUGUCACGCUGCGGCUAAACGGAUCCUGGACGGCUCAAGAGAGGAAAGCUCUGUCAGGGAAGCUGUGACGCAUCUUUCUAUUGCUAUCAUGGCCUCUGGUGGCAAGGCAGCAGAUUCUCUGUUGGAAAGAGCAAGGUGUUAUGUAUUACUUGGCCAGAGAAAAACAGCCAUAUUUGAUUUCAGUGCCAUUUUAAAGGAGCAUCCAAAACAUGUUGCUGCUCUCUGUGGAAGGGGAUUCACAUACCUCAUGCUCAAUCAACAAAAGGAAUGUGUUCAGGAUAUCCUCACAGCUCUUCAGAUAGAAGCCAAAGCAGUCAUCAAAGAGAUCCUUCUUCUCAAGGACAAAGCCCAGAAGCUGCUCUGUGAUUGGCUGCAUCAGUUCUGUCGCAGCACUUUGUCAAACACUGUGAGCACUCAUUCAGUUCCAUGCCACAAUGAGCAGCUCAGGGAGGCUUUCCUAAUUGGUGGAGUUUUAAUGAGAACUGACAGCAGAAACCCCAAAUGGCAUCUUCUCUAUGUGGACACACUUUUAGCUAAAGGUGAUAUUAAGUCAGCUUCCAGCCAUCUCUGCAAGGUAUUUGGCUUGGAACCAAGGGAUGCAGCAGCCCAGGCCAGGCUGGGAGUGUUGGAAACCUGGCAGCAGAAAUACAGCACCGCAGCCUACAGGCUCAGCAAACUCCAUGAAAAAGAUAGACCUAGUCUGGACUUCUUGCUGGCUCUGAUCCCAUUUAAUCAGCGGAAAUACGUGGCACAGGCAGCAGCCCAGGAAGCCAGCGUCUUGUCAUCAUCUGGUCAGUGGGACCAGGCUCUCACACUCCUGACAGUGGCAGUACAAGCAGCGGGCCAUCACAGAUCACAGUAUCUUCGCCAACGGGCUGCAUGCUUGGCACAGCUUGGCUUACAUGGAUUAGCCAUAGCUGACAUGGACAAAGUUAUCCAGAAACAUGGACCUGUCGCUAGCUGCCCAGACGACCCCAGAAUCUGCGUGGAAGACAUGUGUCGGCGAGGCCACAGCUUGGUGCUGUGCUCCAAAGAAGGAGCAGCUCUGGAGGAUUUCACACAGGCUCUGGACCUCCACAAGGAACAGGCCCUUCACUGCAUAGAGGAAGGUCUCGGAAAGCAGCGUCUGGCUGAGUGCUUCAUGCGAGGGGCUCUGCAGCAGUAUGGGGAGCAGCAGCUUGAUAAAGCUUACACACUGAUUGAAUAUGGCCUGGUUGUGGACAGUGAGAACGCAGAGCUUCGCAGACUUAGAUCAAAGGUCAAACGAGAAGUGGCCAGCCCAUGCAAUGUCAACUAGCACUGAUUAAAAAACAUAAGGUGGACACAGAAGCUUUGUUUGUUGGAGAAACGAUCAAACUGAUGAAACAUCUUCUAGAUUCUU